AUGGCACAUAAGGACUACGCGUUGGAGAAAGAAAAAGUGAAGAAAUUCCUACAAGAGUUUUACCAGGAUGACGAGUUUGGCAAAAAACAGUUCAAGUAUGGCAACCAGUUGGUUCGACUGGCUCAUCGGGAACAAGUGGCAAUGUACAUAGACCUCGAUGAUGUAGCCGAGGAGGACCCCGAGUUGGUGGAUUCAAUUUGUGAGAACACGAAGCGCUAUGCAAAGCUCUUUGCUGAUUCUGUUCAGGAGCUGCUGCCUCAGUACAAGGAGAGAGAGGUGGUAAGUAAAGAUGUCCUGGAUGUUUACAUUGAGCACCGACUGAUGAUGGAGCAGCGGAGUCGGGACCCUGGGGCAGCCCGAAGCCCCCAGAACCAGUACCCUCCUGAACUCAUGCGUAGAUUUGAGCUGUACUUUCAAGGUCCAAGUAGUAAUAAGCCUCGUGUGAUCCGGGAAGUGAAGGCUGACUCUGUAGGAAAAUUGGUAACUGUGCGUGGAAUCGUCACUCGUGUCUCUGAGGUUAAACCCAGAAUGGUGGUGGCUACUUACACUUGUGACCAGUGUGGGGCAGAGACCUACCAGCCGAUCCAGUCUCCCACUUUCAUGCCUUUGAUUAUGUGCCCGAGCCAAGAGUGCCAGACCAACCGUUCAGGAGGGCGACUAUAUUUACAGACACGUGGCUCCAAAUUCAUAAAAUUCCAGGAGAUGAAGAUGCAAGAACAUAGUGACCAAGUGCCUGUGGGAAAUAUCCCUCGUAGCAUUACGGUGUUGGUAGAAGGAGAGAACACACGGAUUGCCCAGCCUGGGGACCACAUCAGUGUCACUGGUAUCUUCUUGCCAAUCUUGCGCUCUGGGUUCCGACAGGUGGUACAGGGUUUACUUUCAGAAACUUAUCUGGAAGCCCAUCGGAUUGUGAAGAUGAGUAAGAGUGAGGAUGAUGAGUGUGGGUCUGGAGAGCUGAGCAGGGAGGAGCUGAGGCAAAUUGCAGAGGAGGAUUUCUACGAAAAGCUUGCAGCCUCCAUUGCUCCAGAAAUAUAUGGGCAUGAAGAUGUAAAGAAGGCGCUGCUGCUCCUUCUGGUGGGAGGAGUGGACCAGUCUCCUCGGGGCAUGAAAAUCAGGGGCAACAUCAACAUUUGCCUCAUGGGGGAUCCUGGUGUGGCCAAGUCUCAGCUCCUGUCUUACAUUGAUCGCUUGGCCCCCCGCAGCCAGUACACAACAGGUCGCGGCUCCUCUGGAGUGGGGCUUACAGCAGCUGUGCUGAGAGACUCUGUAACUGGAGAACUAACCUUAGAGGGUGGGGCCCUCGUACUGGCUGACCAGGGUGUGUGCUGCAUCGAUGAGUUUGACAAGAUGGCUGAGGCCGACCGCACAGCCAUCCAUGAGGUCAUGGAACAACAGACCAUCUCCAUUGCCAAGGCAGGCAUUCUAACCACCCUCAAUGCCCGUUGUUCCAUCCUGGCUGCUGCCAACCCUGCCUAUGGGCGCUACAACCCUCGCCGAAGUCUGGAACAGAACAUACAGCUUCCUGCUGCACUCCUCUCUCGAUUUGACCUUCUCUGGCUAAUCCAGGAUCGCCCUGACCGAGACAAUGACCUACGGUUGGCCCAGCAUAUCACCUAUGUGCACCAGCACAGCCGGCAGCCUCCCGCCCAGUUUGAACCAUUGGACAUGAAGCUUAUGAGACGAUACAUAGCUAUGUGCCGGGAGAAGCAGCCCACAGUGCCAGAGUCUCUGGCUGACUAUAUCACAGCAGCGUAUGUGGAGAUGAGGCGAGAGGCUUGGGCUAGUAAGGACGCCACCUAUACUUCUGCCAGGACUCUGCUGGCUAUUCUGCGACUGUCCACUGCUCUGGCACGUCUGCGAAUGGUGGACACAGUAGAAAAGGAAGAUGUGAAUGAAGCCAUAAGGCUAAUGGAGAUGUCAAAGGACUCACUGCUGAGUGACAAGGGACAAACGGCUAGGACCCAAAGACCAGCAGAUGUGAUAUUUGCCACCGUUCGUGAGUUGGUCUCAGAAGGCCGAAGUGUCCGAUUUUCCGAGGCGGAGCAGCGCUGCAUAUCUCGUGGUUUCACACCUGCCCAGUUCCAGGCAGCUCUGGAUGAGUAUGAGGAACUAAAUGUCUGGCAGGUCAAUACUGCCCGGACUCGGAUCACUUUUGUCUGA